AUGGAGUUCAAGCCUGACCCUGCGUUUGCUAAAAUGCCUGGACUCCAGCAGUCACAGAGCUUCGACUUCAACGACCCAAGUUUGUGGUCCAGCAGGGUUGGGCUGUUCGAGGACUACGCCUACGCCACGACCUCCUCUAGAGGAGGUCGUGGCCAACGCUACAGGAAUGCACCGAGUUACCAACGAGGCUCGGAAACCCCCAAAAGGUCCGCCUGUGCCCGGUUUCUUGACCCUCGGGCUAAAAAAUCGGCGGCCUCAUUGCCAGAGUUUCCUGAAUGCACGGGCACCCAGAUGAGCUCAACGCUGCGGGAGGAAUGGAGAUUCUGGUCGAGCAUGUGGAUGAGUAUGGCACAGGAAGAGGAUACUUUGUAUACCGGCAGCAGCAGCACCACCAACAACAGUGAAGGGCCGGAAGCGUGUCGUGCUGAAGCUUCAAAAGACACGAGUGAAUCCCGCGGCACUAAAAGAUCAUCCCAUCUGAAGACAGACAAGAAAGUGCAGUCGAGUGGCGAGGAUUCCAAGGCUGAAGAACACCAGUGCGGCUUUUGCAAAAAGAUGUUGCGCAGCAAGAGAGCCAUGAAAAGACACCAGCUCACGCACACCGGAGAGAAACGGUACUCGUGCUCGGAGUGCGGCAACAAGUUCGUUCGUAAGGAGAACAUGAAGCGCCCACAAGCGAAUGCACACCGAUCAUCCCAUCUGAAGAAAGCCAAGAAGUGCAGCCGAGUGGUGAGGAUUCCAAGGCUGAAGAAACCAGUGCGGCUUUUGCAAAAAGAUGUUGCGCAGCAAGGAGAGCCAUGA